CGGGUUGAUUUUUAACCCGUAACAUUCAAAUUGGGCUAGCCCAAAUAAAACAUAUCAGUUACUACCAUCGUGCACCUUUUGGUAUUGAGAUUAGAAGACACUGUUCUGUGCGGCGGCGCUUAGUUUAACAAUGGCGGAAGAAGCAGUUCUCGGCUACCUGGAAAACAACGAGGAGAUUAGAGAUUCCGGUGAAUUUGCAUCCGAACGCGGCAUUGACCAUAAUGAAAUGGUCAACAUCAUCAAGAGUCUCCAUGGGUUCAGAUACGUUGAUGCUGAGGAUAUUAAGAGGGAGACAUGGAUUUUAACCGAUGAAGGGAACAGUUACACUACUCUUGGAUCCCCUGAAGCUCAACUAAUUUCUGCUAUUCCGCCGGAAGGUAUCUCCAGAGAAGAACUUCAGAAAAAGCUGGGUCCUUCGGUUUUCAAGAUUGGUUGUGCUCAGGCGGCGAAGAAUAAGUGGGUUGAGAUGGGAAAACAACUUAUAUCUAAGAAGGUACAACAUGUGGAAGACAAAGUCAAAAACUUGCUUCUUCAAAUACAACAAGGACAGAGCAUUGGUCCUGAUGAUAUCAAAGCACUCAAAGCAAGAAAGCUCAUUGUACCACAGACAUGGAAGGGUUACUCGGUGAAAAAGGGUCCUAACUAUGCUCCAAAAAGAAAAAAGGUUGUCACUGAUUUAACUCGAGAUAAUUUUCAGAGUGGCGAGUGGAAGGAAAUAGAAUUCAAAGAGUACAAUUACAGUGCUAAAGGCCAACCUCUUGAAGGUGGCAGUCUUCAUCCACUGUUAAAGGUCCGGUGUCAAAUAAAACAGAUCUUCCACUGUAUGGGGUUUGAAGAGAUGCCCACAAAUAAUUAUGUUGAGAGCAGCUUCUGGAACUUUGAUUCCUUGUUCCAGCCCCAACAACAUCCAGCCCGUGAUUCUCAUGACACAUUCUUUUUGGAAGCUCCUUCAACAACAAAGAAACUUCCUGAAGAUUAUGUUCAGAGAGUAAAGCAAGUUCAUGAAUUUGGUGGUUAUGAGUCUAGAGGAUAUACAUACGACUGGAAAAGAGAGGAAGCAAAUAAAAACCUUCUGAGGACCCACACAACUGCUGUUUCUUCCAGGAUGCUUUACAAGCUGGCACAGAAACCAUUUGUUCCAAAAAAAUAUUUCUCUAUAGAUCGUGUCUUCCGGAAUGAAGCGGUGGACCGAACACAUCUUGCCGAGUUCCACCAGAUAGAAGGCCUUGUAUGCGAUCGAGGACUCACUCUCUGUGACUUAAUAGGAGUUCUACAUGACUUCUUCUCACGCUUAGGCAUGACCAAGCUGAAAUUCAAGCCUGCUUACAAUCCUUACACAGAACCUAGCAUGGAGAUUUUCAGUUAUCAUGAAGGCUUUAAAAAAUGGGUAGAGGUAGGAAACUCUGGCAUGUUCAGACCUGAAAUGUUGCGGCCGAUGGGGCUUCCUGAAGAUGUCCAAGUUAUUGCAUGGGGCCUUUCUCUUGAAAGGCCAACAAUGAUUAUGUAUGGAAUAGAUAACAUCAGGGAUCUCUUUGGACACAAGGUGGAUCUUGGCCUCAUUAAGAAAAACUCAAUAUGUCGACUUGGGAUUGAAUGAAGUGAGCAUUCACUUUUGAUAGAUUUCUUGUCCAUAAUAUUUGUUGCAUGUGGAUUAGUUCGAUUUAUGUACGAAGAAUUUUGAUUGUUGUAAUAGCAUUUUUCUUUUGGUUGGGAAAUAUUUAUGACAUGGGAAAGUUACUCCUUUGUAAUUUCUUUUGGUGUGGAAAAAUUAUGAUAGUGAAUAGGAAAGACAUUCCCAGCUGUGGUGUGGUGAUAGAUUUUUAUUCCUUCCAUGAAACCGGUGCUUGAUUGCAUUGCUAUUCAUCUGUUC